CGUCCCCCACCGUCACCUGCGGUGACUGACGGCGGCGGCGGCCAAUGGCGGGCAGGCGCGCCCCGCGGCAAUGAGUGACAACGAGAGUGCUAACGAGGAGGACUGGCUGGCUCUGAGGCCCCAGGAACCUUCUCCAUCCCAGUGCUGCGGCAGCGGCUGCAAGCCCUGCAUCUACGAUGUGUACGAGAAGGAGCUUGCACAGUGGGAGAGAGCCAAAGCAAAGCAAGACAAAAGCCUUCUCAUGGGAAAGAAGGAGCAGAGCAAUAAUUCAGAGCUGAAUCCAGAUACAUUCACUGCAUUCAGCGUGAGCUCGGUGGAGCAGCUGACAGAGGACACCUACCAGUACAAAUUUGAAUUACCGGGAAAUAGCAGCCUGCGAUUGAGUUUAGGACAACAUAUCGUGUUAAGAGGAGUGGUGAAUGGUUUGGAGGUCCAGAGAGCCUAUACUCCAAUUAGCCCCAGGAAUGCAGAGGGUUACUUUGAAGUUCUAAUUAAAUGUUAUGAAGCUGGGCUAAUGUCACAAUACAUAAAAACAUGGAAAAGAGGAGACGUGGUCUUUUGGCGUGGGCCGUUUGGAGGGUUCCCAUAUCAACCUAAUAAGCAUGGAGAACUCCUCAUGCUGGCCUCUGGCACCGGCCUUGCACCAAUGAUUCCCAUCCUCCAGUCCAUAACAGAUGAUGAAGAGGAUGAAACCUUUGUAACUCUUGUUGGCUGCUUCCCUACCUUUGACAAAAUUUAUUUAAAACCUCUUCUGCAGGAUUUGGCUCGGUACUGGAAUAUUAGAAUAUUUUAUGUCCUAAGCCAGGAAACUUCGCUGGAAAAACUUCCUUGGAGCUACCAGGAAAACACGUACACUGCUCGUCUCAAUGAGGACUUGAUGAAGACAAUAGUAAAUUCCUGUCGAAGAAAGCCAUUUGUAUUAAUUUGUGGCUCUUCUGCAUUCAAUGAAGAUAUGAGUAGAUACUUGAAAGCUGCAGGAAUUGAAGAAAAUUCCUGUUUUGUCUUUUAGCAGUACAUUCCUGAGGAACCUUGGGCUGAGCCUUGGAUGUCCUUGUUUCUUUGCAGACAUUGCACAAAAGGGCCUGCUCAGAAGACUGAGCUCCUUGGAGCAGCUGUUUGUUGAUCCUCACUCUGGGGUGUUUUAAGGAAUGGGUGCCAUUCCAGAGUGGCUGGUACAUGCUGUGCUACCCACACCUCAGGAACCUGCAUGGCAAUUUUAAUGGAAGUCUUCAAGUGCAAUUUUGAGAGAGAGAUCUCCUAAGGGGGUACUAGAAAGCAUCCAUGCACACAGCUCUGCUGUGACGUGAGGAUUGGUGACUUGCUUUGCAAUCUGUGUUACUCUGCAGUGGUGUUGUGCCCUGUUGGGUGUCCAGAGGAGAGAUAUAA